AUGAAGACAUACUUCUUGUCGCAAGAAUUAUGGGAUGUCGUCGAAAGCGGUGUGACAAUAACUGAGACUGCAACAAUGAAUGUGGAACAACAAAAAAAACUGAAGAACAUGAAAUUGAAUGAUCACAAAGCCUUGUACACAAUUCAGAUGGCAGUAGAUGACAUAAUUUUUCCUCGAAUUAUGGGCGCUACAAAAGCAAAAGAGGCAUGGGAUUUGUUGAAAAAUGAGUUUCAAGGAAAUGAAAAGGUAAGAUCAGUAAAAUUGCAAUCGUUGAGAAGAGAUUUAGAGAACAUUAAGAUGAAAGAUUCAGAAGUUGCAAAAGAUUACUACUCAAGAAUAAUGGAGAUUGCCAAUCAAAUGAAAAGCUAUGGAGAAAAUAUUGGUGAUAAGAAGUUGGUGGAAAAAAUCCUCAUAAGUCUCACUGAUAAGUAUGAUCCCAUAGUUACUGCAAUUGAAGAAUCAAAAGAUAUCGCAACUCUUUCGGUGACGGAGCUUAUGGGUUCUUUAGAAGCCUAUGAACAGAGACUAAAUAGGCGGCAUGAAGCACCAAUUGAAAGUGCUUUUCAGUCCAAGCUAAAUUUGAAGGCUGGAAAGUUUAGUGGAAAGAAUGAAGAUAGUUGUGAGACUUUAAAAGAAGGAGAAGAAAACUACAGGGAAGCAAGAUGGAGGAAGGAUUAUUCACCAUGUAGGAUUUGUGGAAAGAUUGUUGGUUCGAUGAAAGCAAACCACAGUGCUAUAAUUGUCGGAGACAUGGGCAUCUCGCAAGAGAUUGUCAUUUUAAGAAAAACAAUCAAGCCAAUUUUCAUGAAGCUGAAAAGGAGGAGGAGCACAUGUUUUAUGCUUUCCAAACAACAACAGAAGAGAAAAAAAAAGCGUGGUACAUAG